CGACGCGUUGCUCCAGUGACGCUGUGUGGCUGCAUCCGCGCAUGGUUGCAACGCGACGGCUCGCAGAGACGUUUCGGGGUUUUUUUUUUCUCCCUUCCUCCCGCUGCUGUUGUUAUCACAGUGACUCUACAGUACGAUCCAGAAUGGAGACCAAACCGGUCAUCACCUGCCUUAAAACCCUCCUCAUCGUGUACUCCUUCGUGUUUUGGAUAACAGGAGCCAUCCUGCUGGCAGUGGGAGUAUGGGGGAAGUUGAUGCUGGGCCCAUACAUUUCUCUGAUAGCCGACAACUCCACCAACGCCCCGUACGUCCUCAUUGGCACCGGGACUGUCAUCAUCGUUUUUGGCCUGUUUGGAUGCUUCGCCACCUGCAGAGGAAGCCCAUGGAUGCUGAAGCUGUAUGCUAUGUUUCUGUCACUUGUCUUCCUCGCUGAGUUAGUGGCUGGGAUCUCUGGAUUUGUGUUUCGCCAUGAGAUAAAGGGAACAUUUCGCAGGACGUACACCGACGCAGUCCUGAACUACAAUGCUGAGGAUGAGGCUAGCCGCGCUGUUGAUAACUUGCAGCACAAGCUGCGUUGCUGUGGAGUGUAUAACUACACCAGUUGGUUUGCCAGUGUUUAUUACCCAUCCAACGGUAUUCCUGCCAGCUGCUGCUUUAACUCCUCUGACUGCAACCCAGAAGACCUCCGCAAUGCUACUAUAGCCCCGAACAAAGUUUACCACCAGGGCUGCUAUGAGCUGGUCACAUCAUUCAUGGAGACCAACAUGGCCAUUAUUGCAGGAGUGACGUUUGGGAUUGCCUUCUCACAGCUGAUUGGUAUGUUGCUGGCCUGCUGUCUGUCCAGGAUCAUCACAGCCAAUCAGUAUGAGAUGGUCUAGCUGAUGUGAUGUGGCAGGGAGAUGAAGAGAAGAAGCAUCGAAGAGCCUUGACACAUGGCAAGAGUAAAUUCCCAAAACACGAUCACACGUUUGAAUUGGAAUUUACCUCCCUCCGUCUCUCUGCCUGUGAUCUUAAUGUAAUAUGUUAAUGUAUCUUAUUGUAAAGCACCAUUCCUUGACUCACCGCUGUUGCAUCAAAGCUUUCUAUACCACCCAUCACACUGCUGCUUGAUGUAGAAGUUGCUCAUUAGCACAUAUCGUGGAUCAGUACAGCCUACAAGAAACAGGUAGACCAGAGUUGUCUGAGUUGACAGCGGUGUUGGUCUCAGUUAGGUGACUGGGUGCAACUCGGCUUCUCAGUUGGAUCCAGCAUGCUCCGCCGAUCGUCAUCUGAAGACCACUGCACAUCUUUGUACAGAAUGACAUUACUGAAGCUUGAAAGUAAUACUUUAAUAGAUAGGUUUAGUUUUGCAUUUGACUUUGCUAUCGCUCACCAUUGUAUAUUCCUAUGGUUGUGACAUUUUGUGAACCGAUUAUGUGUACUAAGGACGAUAUUUUAAGUUUUUAUGAAAAAUAAGGAAACUGAGAAAGAAAAUAAUAGGGAGAGCUGUUAGGGAGCAUUUUUACCUGUAGACAAGGUAUGAUUUUUUUUUUUUUUACUUCAAUAUUUAAUUUGCUGUAAAACUCCCACAUUACCUUAAAAUAAUAAAUUUACAGCCUCUAAAUACAUUUCAAAUGAUACAGUUCAUUCGUUUUUAACGGGAGAGGAGAAUUUUAUUCAUCUGUCAAACAAACAAAUGAGGUCACUUACAGAGCUAAUGUGUUACACAGUAGACUUAAGGCCCCGUAACACCGGAAAGCGACAAACUGUCAGUUAACAGUCGUGUUAGUUUGGUCACUAACAGGGCAAUAACAGGUUAUCCAAAAGAUGAGUUUGUACCAUCAACUCCUGUCUCAUAACUUUCUCCAAACUGUUCCCUGUUUGUGGAUCACUUCAUACUACGACCAAGGAGGAGGUUAAAUAAAAGUGGAUGGUCCAGUAGGCACAGGUGCAAAAAAUAACAUUAACCGUGGCUCCAUGCAGAAUACCAGGACCUUGAAACUGCCUCACCUAAAUGGAUUGCAGCCAUUGCAUGUUUUUAAGUCCACCCCUGCUUUGACAAUUCAAAAUAAGUGCCAUUAAAAUGAUCUAUAACCUCCUCUGUUUUGGACUCUCCGGCUCUUUACUCCUUUAAAGAGCUUUUCUCUGCUGUCAAGAUGGUUUGCUUUUGGUUAGUGAUGAAAAUUUGCGCAUCAAGCCUCAACAAAGUUGAAUUCGAUGUGAAGUGUUUGCACUAAUUUAACAUUUAGCAGUUUUAAAUCCCGGUGUGACCGGGCUUUUUCAUGCUCUGAAUUAUGCCUCUAACUCCCAGUUACCUUUAAUGUGUCAGUAUGCUACAAACAGCGUAGUUUGCAUGACGCAGCGCCUGAACACGUCUAAAGCUAAGAGUGAGAAAGAUGCUGCUCAGUGAUCCAACAAGCACUUCAUUUGAAGCAUACUGACACCUUAGUAAUGUUUUAGUACUUGGCUUUCUGAUUUAAUAUGUCAUGAUUUAACUUUUAAGAGCAACUGAACAACUGAAAAUCUUUUCCUUUUUCUUUCUGACCUCCAGUAGUUGAAAUGAUCACCUGCAGUAUACCUGACAUUACUGCUGGGUGUGGUUACAGGUGCAACAAAACAAGGAUGCUGAAAUCUG